AUGAAGCAUCUCAUCGCCGUAGGCGCCUGCUACUUGGAUACGAUCCUCAAGAAGGUCACCUCGACUGCUGUUCCCUUCUUCCCAUCCGAGGACUCUAAGCUACGUGCCACCAGCCUCAAUAUCCGACGUGGAGGUAACUGUCCCAACUCGCUUCAGGUCUUGGAACAAUUGCUCUCUGAGCACGACACACUUCAGCUGCAUCUGGUAUCACCCCUUCCCGUUGCUUCCUCGUCCGCAACACAGCGUGUUAUCUCGUCGUUCGGUGCGCAGUCGAACAUUGACUUCAGCCACUGCGUUUAUCGUGAGGAGAGUACAGAGGCGGCAAGCAGUUACAUUAUCCGUAGCGAGGCAUCAGGUAGUCGCACGCUUGUCAACUACAAUGAUUUGUUAGAGAUGACCGAAGAUGAGUUUGGCAACAUCGCGCGAGGCUUCAACCCGGACCAGGAGACAUGGUGGCACUUUGAGGGCCGAAUCCCGGAUACCAUACAAAGCUGUAUCCGUCUCCUGCGUAACGUACUACCAAAAGCGACAAUCAGUGUCGAAAUUGAGAAGCCUGGUAGGGAGGGUCUACCUGAGCUGGCGGCAGAAGCGGAUGUUGUCUUCUAUUCGCGAAGUUGGGCUGAGAGUCGAGGACACAAAACUCCGGAACAAUGCCUGAGAGCCGAAGGGCAUCAAAAGGCGAGACUGGCACUGUGUACGUGGGGUGAAGAUGGAGCAGCUGGGCUAUCUCGGUCAACAGGCGAGACUCUUCACUGCCCUGCCCUGGAUGAAUCAGGGCGAGACAUUUCCGUGAUCGAUGCCGUGGGAGCGGGGGACACUUUCAUAGCCGGAAUGCUGUACGGGCUGAUCUGUCACCCUGACGACUGGAGCAUGGGGAAGAAGCUGGGUUUCGCCGUUCGACUGGCUACACUCAAAGUGCAGCGGGAGGGGUUCAACGGGCUCGGAAGAGACAUUCUGGGAAUGGAGACUGGAGGCGGUUGA